AUGGUAACAUUAGAAACUACUACUCCAUUGGAGAAGCUCAAGAGGAUCGUGUGUGAGGAUUAUGGGGUGGACCAUAUUGUUCUUAAUACCGAGUUCAGUUAUUCGAUGGUGAAUCAAAGAGGGAAUCCUCCAAUUGAUUCAUGGGGGUGGUUCUUCAGACAGUUGAAAGUGGUUAUUGCUGAUUGUCAAGACCUAGCUUUUGUCUCAGAUAGAAAUGCAUCUAUUUCUAAAGCGAUUGGGACUGUCUACCCUCAAUCAGCACAUGGAAUUUCCAUUCAUCACUUGUUGACCAAUGUGGUUGCAUUUUUCAAGACAAAAGGGUUGACUGCCUUGGUGGAAAAAGCUUCACGGGCAUAUAGGUACAUUGAAUUUCAGGAACGUAUCACUGAAAUUUUUGAAAUGAGUCCUUGGCUUGGAAGAUAUCUGUGGGACGCUGAUGUGCGCAAAUGGGCUCGUUCUCUCUUCCCUGGUGAAAGGUAUGACAUUAGGACCACAAACCCUGCAAAGUCGAUAAAUUCAGUUCUGAGAUUACCUAGAGAAUAUCCGGUUAUUCCUUUGCUAGAUAGUAUAAGAGAACUGUUGACUCGAUGGUUCUAUGAGCGUCGCUUGGUAAGCUCUAAGCAUCUUGAUCCUUUAACCACUAAGGUGGAGAAAAAGAUUGAUAGGAGAAUAGUGAAGGCAAAAGGGUUUCAAGUCUACAAGGUUGACGACUUCAAAUCGCUUGUGAAAGGAGACAUAUAUGAUUGCAUAGAAGUGCACAGAUUUACUGACGGCUUAUACACCACUACAGCGUGGAGAACCGCCUAUGCGGAAUCCAUUAAUCCAAUAGCAGUUCCAGAGUGUGAAUGGAAUGUCCCUGCUGAGGUUAAACUUGCUAAGGUUUUACCACCAGAGACAAGAAAGAGUGCUGGUCGGCCAAUAAAGAGAAGGUAUGAAUCAGUAGAAGACAAGAUAAAAUCUUCUCAAGGAUCAAGAAAGAAUAAAAAGCACAAGUGCAGUCGUUGUGGUACCGAAGGACACAAGAGAGGAACAUGUUAUUUACCCAUCUAG